UAAUGAGCCCCUUAUACCCUUUUAUUUAAAGCUGCUGUGUGAACAAGCUGUAAAGCUUCAUUCUGCCUCCUCUAUUGCUUCUAUCAUUACAAUUCACAAUUGUGUUCAGCCUUUUCCCUCUCUCAUCUCUCGCGCCAAAUACAACCAACAUUACUAAUUUACUGUUAAUGUUAUUGGUAUUUCUAUUUUUUUCGAAUCCAAUGUUAUUUGCCCCGUGAACUCAGUCCAGUACUGGACUUGUUUUUUCAUUAUUGGAACUCUCUUUCUCUCCAUUUCCUUGGCUCCCCUUUUCCGUCCAACCAAAGUGCCUUUUUUUUUUCCCAAGUCUUUUCAUGUUUUUCCCUUCUCAAUUAUUAACACCUUAAAACCUGUAGUUCCGGUCCCUAAUCCGGGCUUCAACCACAAAUGCAUCCACCCCAACAACCGCGGCCGCUGUCUGAGCAACCAGAAACUCAACCACCGCAGACGCUUCUUGACCUAAUCACCGGCGUUCUCUCUCUCCUCCUCCUUUCUUCUCUCACCGUCCGGUCUUUCGUCGGACGGUGGCAAGUCCUCCGAUCGAAGCUCUGUUCCCUCCAAUCAUCUCUCUCCUCUAUCUCCGAAUCUCCUCACUGGAACGACAACUCUUUGCUUCAUAAUCUUUUCCCUUCCCUUCUCUCCACCCUUCAGCGUUUGAAAGCUCUCUCCGAUCAAUGUAUCCUCUCUUCAUUCACCGGCGGCAAACUCCUCAUGCAAAGCGACCUCGACAUAGCUUCGUCUUCUCUCUCCAACCAUCUCCAUGAUCUCGAUCUGCUUCUUAGGUCUGGCGUUCUUCACCAGUCCAACGCCAUCGUUUUGUCUCACCCGGGACCUGGAUCUGAUAAAGACGAUUUGGGUUUUUUCAUCAGGGAUCUUUUUACCCGACUUCAGAUCGGAGGCAUCGAGUUCAAAAAGAAAGCUUUAGAAUCACUUCUUCAGCUUCUCAACGACAACGAUAAAUCUACUCCGCUGGUUGCUAAAGAGGGAAAUGUUGGCUAUUUGAUAAGUCUUCUCGAAGUUAACAGCCAACCUUUAAUUCGAGAACAAGCCGUUUUGGCAGUAUCGGUACUGGCUUCUUCAAGCGAAGAUUUGAGAAAAAUUGUUUUCGAGGAAGGAGGAUUAGGGCCUUUACUGAGAAUCCUUGAAACAGGUUCCAUUGCUUUAAAAGAAAAGGCCGCGAUUGCUGUUGAAGCAAUCACCGCCGAUCCCGAAAACACCUGGGCAAUUUCAGCGUACGGCGGAGUUUCGGUAUUAAUAGAAGCCUGCCGAUCUGGCUCCCAACCGACACAAACCCACGCGGUUGGCGCUCUUCGAAACGUGGCUUCCGUGGAAGAUAUUAGAAUGGCUUUGGGUGAAGAAGGUGCGGUUCCUGUUUUAUUCCAGCUGUUAAUCUCGGGUACCAGCGCUGCCCAAGAAAAAGCAGCCAAUUGCAUUUCGAUACUCGCUUCUUCGGGCGAAUAUUUUCGUGCAUUGAUUAUACAAGAAAAGGGAUUGCCAAGAUUAAUGCAUCUACUUCAAGAUUUAUCAAGUUCAGAUACAGUCGAGCAUCUUCUCCGCACGAUCAGUUCGCUUUCGGUUUUAGAUUCCGUUUCACGGAUUUUAUCAUCUUCGACGGCCUUCAUUAUCCAAUUGGGCGAGUUUAUUAAGCACGGGAACUUGAUUUUGCAACAGAUUUCAGCUUGUUUGUUAUCAAAGUUAUCGAUUAGUGAUGGAAACAAGCGUGCCAUUUCUAGUUGCAUUAGUUCUUUGGUAAAAUUAAUGGAAUCACCAAAGCCAGUAGGGUUACAGGAGGCGGCAGCCCAGGCGCUUGUUUCGCUACUGACGGUCCGGUCAAAUAGGAAGGAGUUGGUUAGGGAUGAGAAGAGCGUGAUGAGACUGGUGCAGAUGUUGGACCCCAAAAAUGAGGCUGUGUCAAAGAAGUUUCCACUGAUGGUGGUUACUGCAGUGUUGGGUGGAGGAAGCGGUGGUUGUAGGAAGAGACUGACGGCUGCCGGUGCCAAUAAGCACCUGCAGAGUCUGGCGGAAAUUGAAGUCGCCGGAGCAAAGAAAGCGCUUCAGAGACUAGCUGGAAAUAGGCUAAAAAGCAUUUUCAGCAGGACUUGGAGGGAAUAACCAGUAAAGCUACUCACCUCCCCGCCAACUAAGGAGGAGGUUUGGAAUUUUCUAACUGUCAGAACUGCUGUGGUUGAAAACGCGGCAAACACACUUCGUAUACUCCAAAACUUUACCUCAAAAGCAAAAUAUUAAUUAUUAUUAUAUAUUUUAAACACUGUGUUAAUUUAAAUGAUGAUAACUAAAGGCAUGGAUGCGGUUUUUAGGGAGUAUCCUCGUUUUUUUUUUUUAUUAGUAAUAUUUGAUUCACUGAUGAAAGCUGAGCUGUAAGAGGGAGGGUAUGAUGAUUGUUAUAUGUUUCCUUCCCUCUUUUUUUUUUUUUUUCCUAAUUAUAAUGUUUGUACUUUGUUCUAUAAUGUAAAUUAUUAAAGGUUUGUUUGUUUGUUUAAUCUUUAUGUGUAAUGUAAUUCGGUAUUGAAUUUUAG